AUGAGGCAGCAGCAGCAGCCGAGGUCGGCGAGCAGGUUCAAGACGAUUUGUGUCUUCUGCGGCAGCAGGCAAGGCAAGAGGACGAGCUACCACGACGCCGCCAUUGCCCUUGCCCAACAGUUGGUGUCGAGAGGCAUCGACCUGGUGUAUGGCGGCGGCGGCAUAGGUCUCAUGGGGCUCGUCUCGCAGGCCGUCCACCGCGGCGGCGGGCGCGUCGUCGGAGUGAUUCCCAGGACUCUGAUGGCCACUCCUGAGAUAAUCGGAGAGACGGCGGGGGAGGUGAUUGCGGUGGCGGACAUGCACCAAAGGAAGGCAGAGAUGGCGAGGCAAUCUGAUGCCUUCAUAGCCCUGCCUGGAGGAUAUGGAACACUGGAGGAGCUGCUUGAGAUGAUCACAUGGGCGCAGUUAGGCAUCCACCGUAAGCCGGUUGGAUUGCUGAACGUUGAUGGCUACUACGCCUCCCUGCUGGCGUUCAUCGACCAGGCCGUGGAGGACGGGUUCAUCAGCCCCAGUGCUCGCCGCAUCGUCGUCCAGGCUCCCACGGCGCAAGAACUCAUGGACAAACUUGAGGAAUACGUCCCGUACUACGACAGAGUUGCCUCCGGGCUCAACUGGGAGGCGAGGGUCGUCGUCGUCAAGGAUGCAGGUGCUGCUGAUUCAGGGACGAUCAGCGUUUCAGGCAUAUGA